UCGCGGUGCAUAAGUUUGGAAUGUCAACAUAAUGGUGUAUAAGUUGCAUAGCGUUUUCGUGUGAUUUUGUAACACUGCUACGUGUGCCGUAAUAGGGUUCUGUGUGUAGCGCGUCUACAGAAGUCGGUCGAGUAACAUUCGGUGGAAAACUGCGUACAUUUUGCCUGUUCAACGUCGAUCGAGUGCUAAAUGCAGCGCAGCGAUGCCGGGAGGAACCGAUAUCCUGCCAAGUUCCUCGCAGAAUGUCUCCGUAAACUAUAAUACUCAACGCGUAAACGGUGGCAACGAUUUCUUCGAUGAUGGCGACGACGACGACGGCGGAAUCGGAUCCAUCAUUCCCGAUCGAACCGGGAAGCAUAGCUUCUGUCGAUUGUGCCUGACCCAUUCGGACGCACUCAAUCCGUUGUUCCCUCCGGGUGCUACACCGGAUCGGACUCUGCUGGCUCAGAUUUUGGAUUGCGUCGACGUGCAGAUAACGCUUCCGGAUGACAUCAAAUCGCUGAUCUGCAACGAGUGCAUCCAGCAAAUAUAUUCCUUUGCCAACUUCAAGGAGCUUUGCAAAAGCAACGAUCAGCUCCUUAAGAGCCAUACCUUCACCCGUGACGAGUCGGAAGAUGACAAUGAAGGUGUCAAUCGAUCGGAGGUGGUUUCCCCGGAGGGAUUUAACGUCCACUCGGAGGAUGCAUCUUCCACUCCGGAUGUCAGUUUGUUCGAGAAACUGUACGAGCAGGGAGUGGAAGUGGAAGCUAUCGGGGGACAACCGUCCGAGAUGCUUGCAGAUCAUAAGUUUGAUCCACUCAAUGCAGAAGAUCGGGAAGCCGAGAGGAAGGCAAAGAAUGCUGCCCGGAUGCGUCGUUGGAGAAUGCGUCAGCGGGAAAAGCAGGAGAAACAACAGUUCUUCCAGGAGCCGGAGCACAUCGUGAAAGCCGAACCGAUCGAACCGGUUGAAGUAAAACAGGAGGAAGCUCUCCGAAUGCAGCAGAUUCAGGAAAUGUUUGCAAUCUUGGCUCAGCAGCAACUCCGCCAGGUCGAGGCAGAAAUUCGGCGACUGAAAGGUGGUGUUCCAAAUCCAGCAGUGUCGCAAAUCCAACUGGAAUCGGUAGUGAAAUCAGAACCUCAGCAGUACGAUGGACAGUCCAGCCGUCAAACCUCACCUACCUCGGAUCAACAGAUGGCCUCGUUGCGUAGAUCUCGAGCGGAAUACAUGCGCAAAUGGCGUGCCAAGCGAUCCCAAUCGCUGCAACAGAAUCAACAACCACCGGCCCUGUUCGGUAUGGUCGGACGUCCUCCAACAAUAUCGCCCGCGCCGGGUGAGUCGGAAAAGCUCGCCAUUCAACGGCACAAUCGUGCCGAGUAUAUGCGCCGUUGGAGACGGGAACGGCUAAAGCAGGAACUCAGUCCGGAAGAAUUCACCGAAUGGUGCAGCAAGAGCGAGCAACGGCGUCGAUUCCGCGAGUGGCAAACGGUGCGGGAAAGUGCUUCUUCGGCUGGUGAUGAAACCAUGGACUAUGCCGAGAUAGAGGGCAUCCGCAGUUGACCGACCGUGAGCUGCUGACGGGAAUCGUUGGACAGCCACAUUCUCCUAGCUGAUCGAAAUGAGAUUUUGAUGAUGCGAUGGUAAAUCCGGGGAUGGUGGUAAGAGUUUUCCUCUCUGUUAUUUUUACUACUGACCACGCACACAGCACACAGUAUUUCGUUAGUAUUAUUCUCUACUAUUUCUCGCAAAGCUGAUCUAUAUGCCUAUAUGUAAGUAUAUAUAUAUAAGCCAACUUAUAUGCAGGAUUAUUUUUUUUUACCAAUACGUAACUUGAGAUUAGGUUUCUUGAAGACAUUCUCCACGCCAUUUUCACAAAACAACUCUCUACUACGCAGUAUUUGCAAUUUAUGAUAUAGAAUUUUAUCCUAUACUCAAUCAAACUCGUAAAAGAUUUUAAUGAUAAGAAGUGAGACAAGAAAAAAAAACAACAACCAGUUUUGAUAGUAAGAACUCCACCAGUGACCGACCACUCGGCUUCACUGCAACAGCAAACGUCGACCGCAAUAAACGCGACUAACUAUUAUACCUACUCAACACAUCACUCAUUCAGCUACCCGUUUUGGUAGCUAUUAUAAUAGAACCUACUACGUAUAUGAAUAUUGAGAUUUAGUGUAAGAUACAUAGAACAUACAAGAAGAUGAACAACAGCAACAACAACAACAAAUACCUACUGCUUACCUCGUGGAAACACUAACAAUAAAAUGCAACAAUAAAGAGCA